CUCACGGAUGGUGUGGUGCGUCUCUUGCUGCUCCUCUUCUCUUGGCCUGUUUAGCUUACAAUGGAUCCUAAUUCUGUAGAGAACGAGGCUAUAAGUUGUGUUUCUUAACUUGGAUAAUAUACUUUACAUCCAGAAGAUAACAGAGAUUCAGUUUAAUUGGUGUAUUUAAGAGUGUUGAUAUUCGAACAAAGGCUUGCUUGAAAUCAUGGAAAUGAAAAAUAUAUACAUAUAUAUUACAGUUCAUCUGCCAGAGUGAAUAUUUCAUCUUUUAUUUCACACCCGGUAAAGUGUUUUCCAAUUAUGAGUAAAUAAUGACGGUGUAAGUGUUUCCAGAUAAGUCAUGAUAUUAAGCACUGCAUCUACUAACGGGGCAUAAAAUCACAUAUUAGGGUUUCAUACUGAUACUGUGAACAGUUUAACAAUUAAAUCUAUGGAAAAGACAUACUGUACUCUAUGAAGUAAAGAAAUGUUCCUUUCUUAUACGCAUACGCUCACCAUUAAACUUUUGUCUACGUAAUUACAAAAAAUAUAUAUAUAUUUAUAUUUUAUGAAUAAAUAAAAGGAACUGGAAAGUCAGAAUUUGGCGAGUGUUUUGAGACAGCGUUUUAGUUAUGAACAACAACACAACCCCUGUUUGUGAACAGUAAACAAACAAGAAAACAUCACAAAUAUGUAUAUAAGUAAUCAAUCUAUUAUUUUUCUCUGUCAAUUAUGAAGCAAAGUAGAAAAGAAAGUUCUUGUUAACACAUUGAGAUAACUUCAGUUAUCAAUUUCACCACUAAUAGUAUUAGAAGAAAUAAAUAAAUCGAUACUGCUGAAUUUCUCAGUCGGUCACCAGUGUCACCUUCAGGCGACCAACUAUAGCAGCAUUAUAAAAUCUAGCAGGAAAGACUACUGUAUACAAGGCAGUCAGCAUGUUCUCCAAGCCUAUCCUCUGUUACAUGAUAUCACGGCUUCUUCUUACUGGUGUGUCGUUGGCGGCGGGGCAGCAAGAGGUGCAACACAGUGACCCUUCACCUCCUCCACGAAGGGACAUGUAUGAAGCGGCAGAAGAUAUGUGGGUGAAGGUUCUCUCACUUAACACUCUCGCUCCAGAAUUCCUGGGGCAGAACAACACGGAAGUGGAGGCACAAGUUGGCGGGGAGGCUUCCUUUAGCUGCUACACUUAUCACCUCUCCGACGAAAUGGUGGCGUGGCUGAAGAGAGAUGACGACCAGCUGCUAACGGUGGGACAACAGGUGUACGCUUCCGAGACCCGUUUCUCUGUCGUCCACGCUGACCAUAUGGAGCAGGCGUGGGAGCUGUGGGUGAAGGAAGUGCAGCUGACGGACGCUGGCCAAUAUGAGUGUCAGCUUACCACCAACCCACCUGUCUCCUUCUUCUUCAGCCUCGUCGUCACACAAGCGGAGGCUGUUGUUGCCGGCCCCAGUGAGGUACACAUUGAGGAGGGUUCUCAUCUGGCACUUGAUUGCUAUGUGCAAAAUGCUCCCUUACCGCCCGUUUAUAUCUUCUGGUACCACAACAACACCAUGGUUAACUACGGCAGACUGGAGGCACUACAGGUGGAGCACCACAACUACACCAGCAGCCUGGUGGUGUCUCACGUGAGGCCUUCACACGCCGGCACCUACACCUGUGACCCUCACUUGGCCACACCUGCCAACGUCACGGUCCAUGUUGUCACAGACAAGCGACCAGCCGCCAUGCAUCACGGGAGGAGCCAAUCUGAAGACAACAGCAGUGGUUCGACCGGCGUGUGUCACCAGGAUCCAGCACCCAUGCUAUUCUGUGUCAUGGUGGUGUUCCUCACAGCUUACUUUUCCACGGGGCCAUCCACGGCCUCUCUACACUAGAACACCUUCAUCCAGUGCCUCCUGGUGAUGAAUUUUGACGUAGCUCUAAUUAAACUGGUAGACUAGGUAGCAUUGAAUAUUUUUCUCUGUAAUCACUAAGAUUUUUUUAUUUUUAAGAGUAUGGCGGUGUAUCUGUACGUGAACUUAUGUGCGUGCGUGUGUGUGUGUGUGUGUGUGUGUGUGUGUGUGUGUACACAUGAUAACUGUACAGUAAUAACGGUAACAGAAAAUCAUAAACACCAGUUCACCAGGUGCCACUCAUGGUCGGAACGUGGAGUGUGCACACACUCUUUGAUGCACAUACCGAGUCUGACAAGCAACAGAGAAAAACUGCGCUGGAGGCAAAUGAGUUCAAGAAAUAAAAUAUAGACAUAGCAGCUUUGAGCGAAACAAGAUUUCACGGCGAGGACUCGCUGGCUAGAGUUACAUCGACCCCACCCUAGCUCUCGUACUGGCAAUUUUACCUGGUAAUACUUAAGGAAGGAAGGCUGUACGUAAUGGGAAUUGUUGUUGGUGGAUUUAUUUUCGGCUGUAUCACUGUCAGGAUAAAUAUUAAACAAUCCAAAAGUGUCAUUUUUAUAAUAAUAAGCUAUUCAUCGUUAUUUAAGAUCAUGACAAGUUUCCAAAUAUUCAUAUAUUUGCUUAAAUAAUGAAGAAAUUAUAUCAAUGAAUUGCUUUACUCUUCGUCCCACUACUUAAACAACUAUUGUACUCUCUGACUUAAUAUCAGACCUGUGGUAGCAUAGCUUGAGGGCAAGACACGUGGAACUGUAAUAAUGUUACCAAGAUAUGGGAAGAAAAUAAAGGUGGUCACUGCAGGAAAAUAAUACCCCUAACAUACAAUAAAAAUGGUUUAUACAAAAAUGCUAGACUUCUGACUACUUCCAGUACGCACAACUACCAUGAGUAAUACUCAUGUACUUCUCAACAAGGUAUAAUACAUCUCUCAGAGUCACCAUCACUUGGGGUGUCUUUUAAACAAGACUCCACGCUACUCUUAUUCCUCGUACACUGGAGUACCAACAAGACAGCUUGCAGUACACACACUGCACGGGUCACAUUCAUGGCUCCACCCAAGGUACUUCACAGUAAGGUACAAUACAACUUCCAGUAUACAAACAAAAUGGUGUACUUUUCACAAAACCACCUAACACUGUGAUCACACCCAUAGUACACUGGAGCAUCAACAUUACGGGUUACCUGAAAAUGUAGCUUGUAAAAAGUAAUAGGACUGCCGCAGCCCCACAACUAAUUCCUGUAGAGCUACCAAGAACCAGUGGCUUAACUCAGGGCCGGAUUAAGACCCUUAGAGGCCCUAAGCACUUAAAAGAUUUUGUUGCCCCCUAUAUAUGUAAUUCAAAAUAUAAACAAUAAUAAACCAUAAAAUAAAAUGUUAUUUUUCGAAAUUAAACAGAAUUUACAGUAAGAUGGAAAAUAAAGUUUAUUUUUGUAUACGUCCACUUUAUUUAUAGUUGAAAAGUUUUCUCCUACUUUUUUAAUUGCAAAGUCUUUGAUCAGAUCCUCAAAACUAGUCUUAUGUAACACAUCUGCUUCUAUACUUAGUAGAGAUAAGGCAUCCAGCCUGCCUUGUUGCAUAGUUGUUCUGAUGGGAUUUUUAAUAUACUUCAACUUAGAAAAUGAACGCUCAGCUGUGCAAUUUGUGACCAUUAAUGUUAAAAAUAUACGAAAGCCAAUAUCAACAUUUGGAAAGGCACACUCAAUAUUGUCUUCUACAAUCAUUGUAUAAAGUUCAGCAUGACUGAAUCUUGGUUUUACAUUUUUUGUUGCACUAAACUUAUGGCGCACAUACAAGUGAAACUGCUAAGGCUCAGUUGAGAAAUUAGUGUUGAAAUCCUCUGGGUAAGCAUCACUCAGCUUUUGACAGCACUGAGAAUACCUUUCAAUUUCAGUAGAUGAUGAAGUGGCAUUAUGUGGCACAUCACUUAGAAAAGAAAACCUCUCUGCUAUUUCUUUAUAUAUCUCUCCUCUUCUUCUCAUCUCAGUUUCAAGUUUGUCAAUAAUUGUGUAAAAGGUGGUGAUACGAAAUUUAUCUCUGGCAUUCAGAUGUACUUCUGGUGCAUCUCCGUCAUUGGGUACUGUUACGAACCACGCCACCAAUUGUCAUGAGCUACCGACCCAGCACUACAAACCGCGCCAUCUAUUGUCCUGAUCUACCUACCCAGCACCACGAGCAACGCCAUACUAGGGACGAAACCCAAGUAUGACUACUCUUAGUUACCACUCCGGAGUUUCCCUUCUCCAUAUCCUGG